AUGGGGAAUAUCAGCCCAACGGAGGAGGUUCACAUGGACCUGGAGUACAGCCUGGCGGACGGUGAUCAACAGCUUGCACCAGAGACAGUACCAAAUACCCAGACGCAAAGAGCUACCAAAAAACGGACCAAAACUGGGUGCUUGACCUGUCGACAACGUCGCAUCAAAUGCGGCGAAGAGAAGCCCGUAUGCAGUAAUUGCAUCAAAUCGAAGCGCGAGUGUAAAGGCUAUGCCCAGCGCCUGGUGUUUAAACACCCUCUGGGACCUCCGGAAUCGUCGGGUUCUCAGCACCUUUUUGACGUGCAGACUCAAUCCGUUCCGCUGGGACCGUCUUCUGUGGGAUAUGGCGGACCUGCAUUCGCUCAGCAGAGGUCUUCUGGUUCUCAGCCUAUUUUGGCUCCAAUGCCCAUGGUGUCUGCUUCAUAUCAGCCUCCGUCGACCGAUGUUUACUUGCCGAAUGAGGCAAUCCACGAAGCGGGCUCUAUGCCGAUCCCUUACCCUGUACCUCGGCAUACAGGUCAACUUUCCGCGUCUGAUACCCCAGUGACACCAACCUUUCCGCCUUAUACGCAUCCACAAGAUUGCUUGGAUGAUCCAAGCGGCCGUUACACGCAUAAUAAUCCGGGGCCAGAGUUUGUCAGUAGUGCUGGUAGUGCCCACCAAGUCUCCGCGUCAACCAACCAAGGCCUAUCCUACUGGGAUGCCCCACACAACGAGCUACCUUCACUACAAACAGCUGAGAAAAACUUCGUGUCGCAUCCUGCUUCCGCAAAUGUGUCUCAGUAUACAAAUGAGAAUUGGCCACCGAGAGUGGGGCCUCCAAUGUCACAAGAACAGCAAGGAUCGCACUUCUCAAGGCACUUAGUCUUAUCCGGGUCGCCAACUCAGUUGAUACAUGCGGACGACGAAGAUGACGAUUGCUACGACGCUGGGACAGACGAGGAGCCAGAAGACCAGGCGUCAGCCCAGAGUUUUAACCACAUGAGCCUUAUCGUCGCCUCGGCGAAUCAAGAUGAAUGGCGGCUGCGCUCUUUUACCACCUACUUGAACGAGCCUAACAUCCUCGCCUCCUAUCAGCCCUCCCUCGGCUCUUCUCCAUUGAACAACCCCCAAACCGCCCGAAUCUUCCUCCAUUUCAUCCACUCAACCGGUCCAUCUCUUUCUAUCUACGAGCGACGCCCGGUAGAUCCAUCGACCAUGCUGGGAGCCCGAGUUCCGGCAGCACAACAGGGUUUAUGGACAUACACCCUACCUCUCAAGGCAUUGGAGGAUCAGGCAUUGCUGCAAGCGAUCCUGGCUCUUAGCAGUCUUCAUAUAUCGUUCCUUCAACAAGAGUCGCCAGCGGUUUCGCUUAAGCAUUACCACUACGCACUCAAGCGGGUUGGCGUCGCCGUGGGACUCCCCACGCGACGCAAACAGAUUGGCACUCUAGCAGCUACCCUGCUACUAGCAUAUUACGAGGUCAUGUCCGCGGACCACUACAAGUGGAAUAGUCACGUCGCUGGCUCGGCCCAUUUGAUACGCGAAAUCGACCUUGCCAGAAUCACGCGCGACCUCCGUGCGCAUCGACGCCGAGUACUGAUGCAAAGGAAAUCCGCCCCACUCUACAGCCACACGUACCCUUUCAAGCGGGGAGCCUGGGAAGAUGACCCGUUCGCCGAAACAGAGAUGAGCGUUGAUGAUGACAUUGUCGGGUUACUCUUAGGUCGAGCAAUCAAUUACGAUGACUUCGGGCAAGUUGACAAUGACUCGAACAAGCCUCGUCAGCAAUCUUUCACGCGGAAAGACAUUGAGACCCUCAGGAUCCAGUGCGAUCUGUACUGGUGGUAUUGCAAGCAGGAUGCAUUUCAGAGCAUCAUCAGUGGCGGUAGGCUAUUUAUGUCAUAUUCGUUAUGGGGCCAGUGUCCCCCGCGUGCGGGCCUCGGUCGGCUCGACGCCAUAUAUGGUUCCGCCGACCAUAUCUGGUUGCUUUUAGCGCGGUUGGCUGAUUUUGGUUACCGGGACCGGAAAAGAAAACUGAACGCAGUAAAAUCUACGGGGUCUGAAUGGAGACCAGAUGCCGGAUUCUUCAACUUCGUGACACGGUUUGCGGGCCCCGGCACAGCUCCAGGCGCGUCUCAUGGAAGAGGUCAAUCUGGCCUGAAUUCCGGACACCCACAUUCGGGGUCUGUUCCAAGGCACGCGCCAGGUUCACUGCAAUCAAAAGACCCAUCUUCCGGUCGAUCCAAGGAAGUCCCUCCCAUGUAUGGCAUGGCUCCCUCCAGUCUGCCAAAACGACUGCCCCCCUCAUUUGCAGAGUCGGCUCCUGGGGACAGUUCGGGCAACCAGGACCACGAAGACAGUGAACUUUCAUAUAGUGAGGCUGAACAUGAAUGGGAGGAAAUUCGGGCUGCCCUUGACACGUUUGGACAAGCCCUUGGUCCGGAUUUCUCGCCCCUCCCGCCGGAUAGUGCGCCGCCUAUAUCGACGCCAUUCGGACCCGCGCUGCAAUACCGUACCAACACGAUCGCCGUGCUCUGGGGUUAUUACUACACGGGACGCAUUCUUCUUUAUCGACUACACCCGUGCAUGCCACCUGCCAUGAUGAUGGCUGCCGGCGUCGCGGCACCUACCACCGCCGAUUUGUCCCAGGCCAUCGGGAAGAUUGCCGGGGGUAUUUACUACCCGCAGUCCUUUCACCUGGAAACUGGAAACCUGAGUCCCACCCUUGGAUCGUGCCUGAUCGAGGUGACGGUGCCGAUCUUCUUCGCCGCCGUGCAAUUCACCGAUAUCACCCAGCGCAUCUGGGUGGCUACCAAGCUGCGGGACGUGUCGCGCCUGACCGGGUGGCAGUCGUCCGACGCGAUGGCCCAGGGUUGCGAGAGAUUCUGGCGCAUGUCAGCAAAGAGCGGACGCGGCCCUCCCUACGACGCACCGCAUUCUAGAACGGCCGGACAACCGAGAGGAUAUGCUUCCCAGACCAAUAAAAACCCGGAAAGGCGAUUUGUUGCCUUUGAGCCAGCCAAUAACCAGAAUUGGGCCAAGGGGAUUUUGAGCUUGGAAGACGACCUGGUGAAUCUGGAGAUCGUGGAUCAGAAAUAG